AUGCAUACGGACUCGGGUGCUGCUGGCUGGCGUCUUGCGCCACCUCGAAUAUCUGCUGCUGCUGCUGCUGCUGCUGCUGCUGCUUCUCAGACAACAGCACCCUGCACUGUGCAGCUGCAGCAGCCUGUUGCCCCUUCAAGGAUACACAACAUCUGCAGCAGCAGCAAACGCAGCAGCAGCAGCAGCAGCAGCAGCAGCAGCAGCAAGAGUAGCAGCAGCGGCACCACCACCGGAGAAACCCUCUCCCACCGCAGCAGCGACAGCAGCAGCAGCAGCAGCAACAGCAGCAGCAGCAGCAGCAGCACAAUGGAGCCGCAGCUGAAUAGCUUCGAUGCUUUUUGCUUCCCUUCUUCGCCGCUGCCGCCUCCGAGGGGCCGCAAACGCCAAACCCCCUGCAGCAGCAGCAGCAGCAGCAGCAGCAGCAACGGCAGCAACAGUAAUAAAAAUGGCAGCAGCAGCAGCGACAAGAAGAGCAGCAGAAGCAGCAGCCACACUGAUAGAGUUGAAGUCAAGAGAGAAAAAACUCUUGUGAAGGAAGAACAGCAGCAGCAGCAGAAGCAGCAGCAGCAGCAGCAGCAGCAAGAACGAGACCUCAGGGCGAAGCGGCGCGGUAGUGCAGGCCCGCUGCAGCAGCAGCAAAGCGCAGAGGCAGCAGCAGCAGGAGCAGCAGCAGCAGCAAAGAGCUGCAAGUCGGAGCCGCAGGAAGCCACCAUGAAAACCACUUCCAAGGAAGAAAAGGCAGAAGCAGCAGCAGCAACAGCAGCAGCAGCAACAGCAGCAGCAGCAACAGCAGCAGCAGCAACAGCAGCAGCAGCAACAGCAACAGCAGCAGCAGCAGCAGAGGGAGACGAAGAAUGCAGUGAACUGCAGCAAGAGCCGCAACGAGUUCCUAUCGGCAAACCUAAAGGCCGCAGCCGCAGCAGCAGCAGCAGCAGCAGCAGCAGCAGCAAGAGCAGCAGCAAGAGCAGCAGCAGCUGCUGCAACACAAACCCCACAAAACCCCCGCCUGAGAACUUUGAUAAAGUUUGGGAAGCGAUCUGCAAAAUGCGAGAAAAACGCGACGCGCCGGUGGACUCGAUGGGCGUGGAGGCGCAGACAGGCAAAGACGAAAAAGAAAGGCGGUUUGCUGUAUUAGUUGCGGUGAUGCUGUCUAGCCAAACUAAAGACGAGCAAACGCAUGCAUGCGUCAACAGACUUCGAGAGAAUGGGCUCUUAAACCCUUAUGCUAUAGCUGCCUGCGACCCUGAGAAGCUGAGGGGCUUGUUAUUUGGUGUUGGGUUUCAUAAUAACAAGACAACCUUCUUAAAAGAAGCAGCUGAGAUACUAAUUAAAAAACAUAAAGGAGAGGUGCCUCAAACCCUCGACGAUUUGAUGCAGUUGAGAGGAGUUGGAAGAAAGAUGGCUAAUAUCGUUAUGCAUGCUGCCUGGAAUUCUUUCCAUGGGAUUGCAGUGGAUGUGCACGUACACCGCAUCAGCAACAGGCUUGGGUGGGUGAAGACGAAAACCCCACAGGAAACCGAAAUAGCCCUUGAAGAUUGCCUUCCCAGGAAGCACUGGGAAGACGUUAAUCUGUUGCUGGUUGGCUUCGGGCAGCAGAUAUGCAAACCUUGCUCUGUUUGUCUCGCCCGGCAGUACUGCCCUGUAGGGCGUAAAAUGCGCGUGCCUAAGAUCGCCAUAGAAGAAAACCCUAAACCCUAA